CCACUCUCCAGAUUCCAGACUGACAACCUGCAACUGGGAUCAAUAUGGCUAUCUCGGAUCUUUUGAAUCGCCGUGUACGCGCCGCACCGGAGGCGGAGGAGGAAGUCUAUUCGGACGAGACGGGGUCCGACCAGGCGAGCGACGAUGGCCACUCCGACGAGGAGUCGGACAACGCCAGCGAUGGCUCUGAGGAAGAGGACGAGGAGGAUGACGAUUUGUCCCAAGAUGACGCAGAUGGCCUCGACGACGAAGACGAAGAUGAAGCCUCCGACUCGGGCUCCGACAACUCCUCCACCUCUGCCCCCGAAGACGACGUCCAAGCCUCCCUAAGCAGCAUCUCCUUCGGUGCGCUCGCCAAAGCGCAAGCCUCCCUCGGCCCCAAAUCCAAACGCACCUCCAAAACCAGCAAAUCCGCCACCACCGACUCUGGCACCUCGGCAGCUCCCUCCCCCCUCGACGACAUCCGGGCGCGAAUCCGCGAAGCGCGCGAACAAAAGCGCCAAGGCCUAUCGAAAACCAAUGACGGCGAACGUGAGCGCGAGCGCGAAAGACCCUCCCGGUCGUCGAAACACGCGCCCGCCAUGCAAUCGUCCAAAUACGCCGUUUCGCGCAAGCGCACAGUCAUCGAGCCACCGAGCGUGGCCAAAUCCCGAGACCCCCGGUUCGACCCGGCGGUGCUGAGCCAGAACGGACACCGGAAUCCCCAGGUGUCGAGCAAGGCGUACGCAUUCCUGGAUGAGUACCGCGCCGAUGAGCUGAAGGAGUUGAAGGCGCAGCAUGCCCGGACGAAGAAUCCUGAGGAGAAGGAGCGUCUGAAGCAGGCGAUUCGGUCGGCCCAGGAUCGUCUCAAGACGAUGGAGAAUAGGAAGCGCGAGAAGGAGAUCCUGGCCGAUCAUAAGAAGAGGGAGAAGCAGCUUAUUCGCGAGGGCAAGAAGAGUACCCCGUACUAUAUGAAGAAGUCGGAGCUGAAGAAGGAGGUCUUGCUCAAGAAGUACGAGAGUAUGAAUUCGAAGGACCGGGCAAAGGCCAUGGAGAGGAAGCGGAAGAAGACGACGGCUAAGGAGAGGAAGGAGAUGCCGUGGGAACGGAGAGCGUUCGAAACCGAUGAUGGGCCGGGCGGCGGUGGUGGCUUUAAACGCCGUCGAUACGAGUACUAGUCUGACGGCGUUUCUAUCUGAUUUUUAUUAAUGUAUAUACUUCGCAGUGUUCCCCUGUCUAUGACUUCAGCAGAUACACCCUCUCGGAAACAUCAAUGCUAUUUACGAUGGCAGCCAAUAAGCCAAAACAGCAUGCUCAUCAUUAACAAUCCGACUCGGCCUCCAAGGAGUCCGAGCUCCAUCCAA